GUCCCUGUCCCCGUCCCCUGGCGCAGGUGGAAGCCGCAGCUGCAGGAGCUGCUGAAGCUGCCGGCGUUCAUGCGCGUGUCCUCCACGGGGAACAUGCUGAGCCACGUGGGCCACACCAUCCUGGGCAUGAACACCGUGCAGCUCUACAUGAAAGUGCCCGGCAGCCGCACGCCCGGCCACCAGGAGAACAACAACUUCUGCUCGGUGAACAUCAACAUCGGCCCCGGCGACUGCGAGUGGUUCGCGGUGCACGAGCACUACUGGGAAACCAUCUCGGCCUUCUGCGACAGGCACGGCGUGGACUACCUGACGGGCUCGUGGUGGCCCAUCCUGGAGGACCUGUACCGCUCCAACAUCCCGGUGUACCGCUUCGUGCAGCGCCCCGGCGACCUGGUGUGGAUCAACGCCGGCACCGUGCACUGGGUGCAGGCCACGGGCUGGUGCAACAACAUCGCCUGGAACGUGGGGCCGCUGACGGCGUACCAGUACCAGCUGGCCCUGGAGCGUUACGAGUGGAACGAGGUGAAGAACGUCAAGUCCAUCGUGCCCAUGAUCCACGUGUCCUGGAACGUGGCCAGGACCGUCAAGAUCAGCGACCCCGACCUCUACAAGAUGAUCAAGUGAGUGACACCU